AUGGGUCGCAGCAGCAAGGCGCGCAAGCGAUUCUCCUCAUUGACUAAUGCCGCAGGAUACGAGGACCUGGCCUUGAAGCAGCCUGAGGACAUCGCCCUUCUUGUCCUGUGCCAGGCUUGCUGGACGGCUGCCUUGGGUCGAGAUGCAGCUGCAAGGUGUCGGAAAGCUGCAUCCACGAGCGACUUGCCCGAGUGA